GGACUAUUUUGAACGCCGCGCCAAGAAACACUGGAGUUGAUAAAACGUCAGAGCGCCGUGUACUCUAAGUCACCUACCGGUGAGAGAAGCAAGAUGCUUUUCUUAUUUCUGUAUCGCCCAUGCUACUUGUCUUAUGCUGUCCUUGUGUUUGAGUCUUUGCAACUACAACUGUUUUGUUAGCGCUGUCUAUGAAACACAACGCAAAUGGAAUUUUUUAUGCUAGCUUGUACAGCUUGCCGGUUUAUAUCACGUUGACGGUCGUCAUAGUGUAAAUAAUUAACUAAGUCCAGGAUGCAUUUGGAAGAUAAUGCACCAAUGGAAAGCGAGCAUAAGAUGAUCGGCAAACAUAUAUUUGCUGAUGUAUCUGUACAUUCUACAUACUCCACUUUUUCGGGACAUAACAGAGAUAGUGAAAGUGUGUGUGAUACCGGGAUGCUCUCCUUAUCUGCUCCUUGUUAUCCAUCAUCAAGGCAAGAGCGCAGUAUGUGCAUAAUGCUACCAUUAUUUCGGAUCGAUUCAUCGCUUUGCGGCAUCAUGUGGUGUGGGAAUCUUAGAAGAACCCCUAUUAUGGUUUUUUCAAGAAAAGCUAUUGCGACAAAAUUUGGUGCUGCUCAAAGACUUGGUCGGAUUUUCAACAUGUCCUUCAGAUUUAUUAAAGCAGAAUGCAAACUUUUGCGUUGCAUACUACAUUCCCAUGGAUUCCAGGAGACAAUUAACCAUUGUGGGGAGUUUAAUGUCCUUUGGUCUGGAUGUCACCUUAGACCUUUUCAACUGAAGUUACUGAAUGAAUUUCACAAGGUUAAUCAUUUUCCAAAAUCUUUUGAACUGACUCGUAAGGACCGGCUUGCAAAAAAUGUUCAACAAAUGCAGCGGUUGAAGGGGUUGUACUAUUUUGACUUUAUUCCGCAAAGUUAUACAAUACCUGAUGAGUUCCGUGAACUAUGUGCUGGGUAUAUUCAUGAUACGGGACCUUAUAUUGUAAAGCCUAUUGCUUCCUCCAGAGGUCGUGGUAUUUUUAUUAUAUCUCAUCCCGACGAGAUACCCUUCGACGAACCUAUGGUGGUGUCGAAAUAUGUUUCUAAUCCAUUCCUGAUUGACGGUUUCAAGUUCGAUGUUCGCAUUUACGUCGCGGUGACUGCAUAUGAUCCGCUUAUUGUCUACAUCUAUGAAGAGGGUUUGGUUAGAUUUGCAACAGUGCGCUAUCAAACUGGAACUCGACACCUUGACAUGCAGUGCAUGCAUCUUACAAACUACAGUGUGAACAAAAAGCAUUUUGACUUCGUACAAAACCAUGAUGAAAACAUAGAAGACUUUGGUAACAAAUGGUCUUUAGGGGCAUUACUUAGAUAUCUCCUUUCCGAGGGUGUCGAUGUUACUGGAUUGAUGUUACGUAUUGAGGAUGUAAUCAUCAAGGCAUUCCUCUCCGUGGUUGUUCCGGUCACCUCAGUGAACCAUAGAUCACCGUCUUACCAGUCACGCUGCUUCGAGCUGUACGGCUUCGAUAUCAUCGUGGAUGAGAACCUUCGUCCAUGGUUACUCGAAGUCAACCUUUCCCCUUCCUUGGCAUGCGAUUCACCGCUUGAUUUCAAGGUCAAAUCACACAUGCUGAUAGACCUCCUUAAUCUCGUCGGAAUCGUAUGUCAUGAUCCUACACGCAAAACGCAUGGCAGCACGAAUAGCUUACACUUGAAGGCUAGCGGCGCGGUGGUCGUUCCGCCGCCCCCACCAGCCUACUUCAUGUCAGCCGAGCAUUAUGUGAACACGGCUGUAACAGCCGAAUCAGACGCACAGGAUCACUCCAAAGCGGUCAAGAUUCAUGUGAACCUGUCGGACAAACACGUCAACCCAUGUAGCUCAGUUGAUAUUCUAAACGGAACCGUGGUUUCCCACUUACUACCUGAAGGCGUAACGCAGGAGGAUGUACGGCUGACUCGUCGUUUGCAGGAAGAGAAUUCACGAGCUGGUGGAUGGCUCAGACUGCUACCUAAUCCGGAAACCUGGGAACAAUACGCUAGCCUUUGGCCUCAAAACAACUCAUGCGCCCACCGGUCCAGCGAGAGCAAAGUAACUGGGAGCGUGCACAAUUUGAAUCAUAGCAGAAUACGUGCUAGUGACUACAACCAUGGUCUAUGCCCACCAAUCUCUUCUGCUUACAUAGCUGCGUUUGCUGUGCACACUUUGAAGACUAUUAUGCACAAUGCAGUGUUUGAAAGACAUGAGGUCUCAACUAGUAACGAUCGGGUAUCCACUGAAACAAAAUCCCAACAUAGCUUAGACUCCAUACAUCCGAACAGCUCCUUCAUACCCGUUAACCUUCAGUUUUAUCUGAGAGGAAUUAACAGCGAGAACGACGCUUCGCAUGAGAACUCUACAUACUUUUGCAACAACCAUAAGCCAACACUUGCUGCAAUAAACUCUUCCAAGAUUCCACUUCACAGUUUAUCUCAAACACACUUGCGUCAGCAUCUGUGCGGAGUACCAGAUGUGGUGUCUGACACACUUCAAUCCAGGGAACCGCGCAAUAGCGUAACCGAAUGUUAUGCCAACACGCUUACACGAAUGCCUUUCUUUUUGAGGAAACUAGGUGAACAUCCAUUUGAACUGCCGGGGGUUCUACUGAGCCACGUACAGAGCAUAAACCUUGUCUACGCCCAACGGCCACGUGUUGAGAAGCCAUUUCGAAGUACUUCCAGAACAACAACCGCUUCGCUUGUGAUGCAUAGGGAACAAACCCCAACACCUCAGACGCUUGACUGUGACUUGUUUUCGCAUAGCAUCACAGGUUCCGCUUCGGGAAGCGACUCGGUUAGCGUUGUAAAUCCUGUUCCGGAGAUCACUGAAGGAACAUUACUCAAUUCGGAAAAUAUUGCCCCUACCAUCUCUGUGGCUCAAAUUUCAGCUUUCCAAGCCAGGCAGUUGUUUACUGCGUAUCUAUCUAGGAUCAGAUCUCGCUGGAUGACUGAGUCGAAUGAGUUGCACAAUACUGGUACGCCUUCUAUACGAAUGAACGUGACGCAGAAACAUAAUCAGAUAGACUUGCUCACGCGUUUUCUUCGUAAAGCAUGUAAUCAACUUUCGAGCCAAGCUAUCGAGGCUGUGUGCCACAAAGAGGUGGGCGCCGAAAGUGCGGACAGCUCCAACGGUACCAGAUACCUGAUCGAAGUGGAUAUCCCGGAUCGCUGUCAUCACCUGGCAAAGCGGAAGCGUGCUCUGGUGAAAGCGCUGACCCAGUUCAUUGAAAUUUACCAAUAUGAAACGGUGAUGGAAGCAACUCGUCGAGUACCUUCCACACCGGUUUUGAGUGGUACGCCAGUGUCUACUGAAAUUUUCUGGAAAUUCGUCUGCGAUGCAAAUGAACAACAGUUGGAAGAACUACUCUCCCAAUACACGAAACUUCAUCAAUCUGUUGACAUUUUUAUGGGUUGUGGUGAUACUGCUGGCGAGAGGGCCUAUAAAAGGAAUGAUACACAUGCAGCCGGACGGCUGAGUUCCGAUGAAAUCACGUUGAAUCACAGCCCCUCCACCGAUAGCGGAUUGGCUUCUUCACUUGAGCAAGUUCUAACACCCGAUUCACCACCGGAAGAAUCCUGCACCGUGAAUACUUCUCCGAAACAUGACUGUCAUAGUGGAAGCAAUGCAUCUAUACCAAUCAAUGUUAGCAUUGACAAAGGUAAGAAAUUCAGCCUGUGUUGUUGUGCUUCGCCUAGAAAAUCGUCACUCGAAAAGGAGAAUCACGGAGGACCCACCUCGUCCGUUGUACAUUAUCAGAAUGAGGCCCUAGAGAAAGUUUCCAAUGUAACGAAUGCAGCCCUAUCAAGGAGCUCAACAUCUGGUUCAUCCUGUCACGAAGGUAGCCUAGUAUCACAUGACUCGGAGAAGCUCAGCUCUACAGUUUCUACGAAGACCACCUGGCAAACAGAUGCAAACCAGCAUUUUUCAUCCCCUGAAUUUAUGGGAAAAAACAAAACGCACGACAAAGUGGACACAUCAGUUCCAAUAAAACGAGCGCAUAAGCAAGUAAGAAAGACAAGAAACAGGAAAAGAACGAGCACGAGAUCGGCGUGCAAGAAACCGGUCUUUACUACUCGCUUACAACCUUCCAACUCCGCGAAAGAGUCGCGUCCCCCAACGAUGAAACACAGUCGGUGUUCCUCACACGUUUCGACUAGUUUCAGCUUUAAUCAAGUGGACACAGUUCCUUUUAACCGUGGUUGUGGAGACAUGCUCACUCAUGGUCAAUGCACUGGGAUUCCCAACUCAUAUCUGCUGCAGCCAGAGUCAGAUCAUCACAUGAAUUCUCAAACGGGAGCCACAGAAUCCAAGCACCGCUCGCACCGAUGCUGUUGUUCACCAGCAGUCGAAUCAGUUAAGGGAGACAAAGUUGCUGAGCUUGGAAACGGUUCAAUGUGCUCUAGAGAGCCUGACGUUACUUGCUAUUCCACACAAGAACACUCCUUGUCCAAAAACUCUUUUCCUAAUCGAAACUGUGUACUUGGUUGGAAUGGUUACCGUGUUCCAUCCGCUUAUUCUACUGCAAAACCACAACUUUUGAGAGCCUCCUCAAUGAGGCGUAUUCAUCCUGAAGCAUGACUGUACAGCUAUGCACAAUAAUAUACCAUGGCCAUACAGUGGUCAGUUACUGCCGCUAC